GUCACCAGCCUAAAUGAAGAUCUACGCCAAGGUGAAAAGGGAAUAUGCUAUUUAUUUGACAUAUACCUCGAUCUGAACAUGGUCUAGGUAGAUACCUCUUAGUUUUAUAUAGAACUAAACGUCGUUUGAGGGAUUCUAGUGAGAGUACGCCUCAGCUGACACGUCUUUGGUUACCCCCGGCACGAAGGAUUCCCUAGACACGCUUUUAACCUCCCAGCACAGAUACCAUCUUCAGUCCAACCUAUAUUAUUCAUCGGCAUAUGUCAAUAAGAAUUAGGUAGUUACAAAAAGGUUAAGAAUGGACGACGCUUCGUUUAACAUAUAUCUAGACGAGGUCGGAGACGAAGGUAGUGGUUAUCAUAUUCGCAACGAUCCUAAUCCAUCGCGACGGUAUCAGCGAGAAACCGUCACUGAACAGCGCGGGGCUGUCGCUAUCCGCUGCAAGUCUCGAGAGGUUAUUCACGGAUUCCUCGAUCCCGACUCUAACGAGUUCGCUACAUUACUUGUCUAUGACUUUAGUUUCAACGCCGUGAAGCCUGGGCGUCGCAUAACAGCUGCGACAAUCGCCUUGAAUUUUAGUAACUCGGCGCAAGGGGAGGCUCCUCCAAGAAUACAGAACCUUUUUCCGUUUGGUCAUUUUGUUAUGCUACCGACAACUCGACAAGAAUCAACAGCUCGCAGCGGUGAAAUUAAUGCAGGUAUCCAGUUUGGAGGGGAGUUAGGUGGUGCUCUGAAAUGGGAGAAAACAACCUCCUUCGACGCGAAUGAUGCAACAAUCUUGAAUGGAUCUACUGAAUGCGACGAUUUUGGCAACGAGAUCGGAGCUAGCUGGGUCUUACACGAGAACAGAUCAACGAAGACGGGGAUUCCAUCAUUCCUUCGAACCGCUAUACUUCUGAGGAGAGAAGAUGAUGACAAAUUCCAAUGUACCGCAGAAAUACAUGUAAAGGCGGACUGGAAAACUGAACUAGAGAAUUUCUUUGGCUCAAGAAGCAGCGAUGACCCUAUCCUCUUCGAUCCUGAGAAGAAGCCGACGAACAACCUAAACAAAGCCGGAUAUCCUCUAGAGAAUCUUGCGUCAGUUGACUUAAAAAAGCUAUCUGAUGUUACAUUUCACCAUUUGCUGGAAGACGUGAUUAAGAAGGGCUAAACGAAGAGGUGGUGUGAAAUAUCUAGGUGUUUAGGAGGUAUCUCACGUAUACGCAAGCGCGAACGGGUAACGCAGCUAGUCUCACGUAUAAAAAGAGAAAUUAACGACAGACAUAAACACUCAUCUACUCAUCUACUUACUAGUUGAAUCAUAAUAUCAUGACUCUUUUAACUUCUGAAUUAUAAA